CUUCCAACCCACCCAUUCGCUCCUUCACCUUCUCCAUUUCAUCACUUGGCCCAACUCGGCUAAUCGCGCACUCCAGCAUGGCGCCCAGCUUCGGUCGUCCGUGGUUCGCCAUUUCAACACGAACCCCGUGCAGGCCAAGGACGAGAAGGCCCCCAUGCCGCCGUCGAUCGACUUUCAGCCGUCGAUUCGCGUGAGUCAGUUCGGCGGUAGGAGCCAGCGGCAGCUCGUGGGGGUCUCCAGCAGCCCGCUCGUGCAGGACCAUGUCGCCGCCGUCGCAAUGCGCGCCAAGCUCGAGACGCGCAAAGCAAAGCCGCGCAGCACGGUGCGCCUACUCGACCCCGCGCCCGUGACGCUCGCCAGCGCUGCGCCCCGAACCGCCCUUCUGCCCGCAGCGUCCGCCGCAGUGGCCUCCGCGCUCAACGUAAGCUCCGAAGCCGCUUCCACAAGCGCGAGCGCCAACGGUCAAACUGCUUCCGCCUUCUCCGCUGCCCCGCCGGAACACGUCGCUUUGAGGAAGCCGUCUUCCGCAAACCCUCCGCCGUUGGCAAUCCCGCAGCCCGCGUCGCUCCCCUCCGCUCCCAUCACUCCGCGCACGACAGCCGCCGUGCAGCCGCCGCACACACCGGGCUCGUCGGCAGCAGCUCGGUCAAGCGCGAUCGCUCCAAUAACGGCCGAAUCAGAUCUGGUGGCGGCGCCGCUUGAGGUAGCGGCGCGGUGGAGCAGAGAGGAGUGGCUGCUCGUGGUGCGCGCCGUGGAAGCCGGCGGCAUGAGAUGCCUGAAAUGCCCGAAACAGCCGGUAGCCAUGGCCGCCGCAACGCACGGCGCCAUCCAUCUCGUCCAAAGCCUCAAAUCUACAUCUGCCCCACAACGCCAGGCCUGGGCCCGGCCUCCAAUCCAGGCUCCGCAAAAGGCUCGGGGCCAUUCUCAAGCCCUGUGGCUCCCGCGGCAGGCGCGACGAAGGGCGGACCGUACCUGCUUCCCGUCCGGCCGCCUGCUGUUUUACACCACGUCAUCCGGGAUCGUCCGAUGACACCACAUUCGUCGAUGAUGCCGCCACGCUAGCGAGCCGCCAUUCGUCCGGCUCGGGGACUUCCGAUGAUGAUUACACUGUCAGCGCCGCGACGCGCUACAGCAGCUACAGCAGUUUUAAUAGCGGCAAUCCCAAGGGCGCUACAGCCGCGCAGGCACCGCCUCCGACGUCCAUCCCUCCGAGCCCGUCCGGCUGCCCGCGAACGCCCUUUCUCUCGUCUCAUGCAGCACCCGCUGCCGCACCAGCAGCAGCAUAACCAGCCAGCCGUCUCUACCCGCGGCUUGCCGGCCGGCAGCAUGAUAGCUUUCAGCCGAGUCGCAACGGACGGAUCGGAGGAGCUCCCCGCGUGCCCGUUUCUUGGCCACUCGGCGCGCUACAGCAGCUACCGAGACAAAGGAUGCCGCACUGUCGACUGCGCGAAAUCUGCCGUUCAACGGCACGACGACACGUCACUGCGCGGACGCGUCUCUCCCGCGCGAUCCGCGACGGCGGCUCCGCAAGCGCUUCCGGCGCGCGCGGGGCGGUAAGCGGAGCGGGCGCGGGAGCGGGCGGGAGCCGCAGCACGGGCAUGGGGAUGAGCGCGAGCGGCGUGGCGGUGGACGCGAUGAACCGCAAGCUGCUGACGGUGAUCACCAAGACGCACGAGAUCUUCGCGCGCGACAUGACGCCCAACGCCAGCCAGGUCGCCGACUACC